AUGGAUCCCGCUACGGGCGAGGCGGUGCUUGGCGGCGUCUGCAUCGGAAUGUGGUUGUUGGUCACUGUCGUCUGCUGCUCCCGCGCUCCCUUGCUGCUGGAGGGCAGCCAUCAUCCUCUUGCGUCGCCGCUGGUAGCGAUAAAGGUCGCCAUUGUUGUUCUGCUUGCCCUCUGGGCGUUCUGUUACGCGGGGCUGGGCGAGUUUGAUUUGCUCUUUCCAGAUGCACACUGGCGUAUUCUGCCGGCCUGCCUUUUUUACUUGCUCGUGCUGCAAUUCCUGCGCCCAAUAGCGGUGCUUCUCUUCUGCGUCGUCAUCUCCACCCCGGCGUCAUUUUCGCAGGGUGUGGUGUCUGGUCGUGCAAACCAAGAAGCCUCCUUACCCAACCGACGGGCUGAUUCUGUGGCGACGUUGCCGGUGGAUGCGGCGGGAAAGUUCCCUGUGUUGUACCUGCGCCGCGAGGGGUUAGUUGGCGCUGAUUUUCAGGGGGCGUGCUCGGCGGCCGAGGAAGUGGGUUCCGAAGGGCAGGCGCAGAACCGGUGUGGCGUGGCUGGGAGAUUCACACACGGGGCAGCUCCGUGCUGUGCGUCCGUGGCAAAUACGGAGGAGCUGGACCUUAAGGGUCUCGCCGACACCCCACUUUCGACGAUCCGCGGCGGCAUUCGUCACGCGCAGCUUAAUCAUAUGAUUCACGCGGCAAAUGUACUCGGCGGCGUCGACGGAAGCGACGGCGCGAUGCGGCCGCUGCCGGGGGGCUGGGAGCCGCCUCCGUUGGAGGACCCCGUGGGCGCGGAGUCGCGGCAGGAGAGUAAUAGAAGUGAGCUCCUACCUGGCUCGGCGAAUGAUGCGGCGCGGGCGCCAGAGGAAAGUUUUGGGGGUUACAACCUCUACGGUGAGGAGUGCGGCGUCGGCGCUUCGCACCCCAGGCGGAGCUGUUGUUUCAUCCCAGCUACUGUCGGCUACUGGAUUAUUGGUCGCGUGCCGCCUGAGGAUGUCGCGGGGCUGCGGGAGAGCCCAACGGAGCGGUGGUCGCGUCUCUUGCUGUGGCGCAUCGCCCUGCGCAUGCAGUCGCUGAUUCUUGUGUGGUUGCUGUCCAUUUGCCUGAGCUGCGUCUUUGUCUCGUUUGCGCUGACGGAGGAGGUGCGCAGUUGCAUGGAGCGCACCUCAGAGACGGCUGUGUGUCGCGCCCCUGGCAUGGAGGCCCUCUCCCCGCCACGGCUGCACCUCCCGCGCUCCCUCAGUAUCAUAGGACUUAUAGACAACGCCCUGCUGCUCCUGCUGUGGGUCAUCUGCGGCGUGGAGUGUCUCGGUCACAUUGGCAAUGCCAUGACAAAGCAGAGCUUCGUACGCACCUACAUUGUGGGGGCGUUGCUGCUGAUGUUGCACACGAUAUAUGACUCCGUGGAGUUGUUUGACGAGCUCCGGUACAAUGGACUGGUGACCGUGGCGAUAUUCAUGCUGAGGAACGUGUGCGACGCCAUCCUGGCCACCCUGCUUGCGCUGCGCCUGGGCAGCGGCAACAACCGGAUGCCGCGGUGGUACCUUUUUCUCGAGUUGCUGUGGCAGAAGGCGGCCGAGAGCAAGCUGUGGAGGCCCGUAGAAUAG